ACGGCGAAAAAUAACGCAAUUUCAUUGGUCAACAAGAACCAUUAGUAUAGCCAGUUGUUCACCAACCUGUCACCAACUAAAGAAUGUUUCAAAAUGGCGUCCUACAUAGGGCGAAACUUUUCUCCUUACAAAUACUCAUACCGUAUCUUGCGAAAGGUACGUUGUAAGAAGAUGUACUUUUGUACAAAACCAGAGGAUAACUUUACGACAGUUCGUUUGAGUAAUCGAGGCCAUAUAAAAGUUGUGGGCGAAGAUUCAGUUAGAUUUCUGCAAAAUCUUGUGACCAACGAUGUCAACUUAUUUCACUGCGAUAACCUAAUGAACUCCUUGUACACGAUGAUGUUGAGUACAAAAGGUCGUGUUCUAUAUGAUUUUAUAUUGUACAAACAGGAGAAUGAAGCAAAGGAAUUUUUGAUUGAAUGUGAUAUAGAUGCUGUUGAUGGCAUAUUAAAUACUUUCAAGCCAUAUAAAUUGAGGUCCAAGGUGACGUUCGAUGAUGUCAGCGAGGAUUAUAAUUCGUGGGCUGUUAUUGAAGAAGAUAGUGUAACUGGCCUAAAGAGAACCAAGAAUGACUCAAAGGGUGUGAUUUUAGCUAAAGACCCAAGAGUCCUGUCACUUGGGUCUCGGUUGGUUUUGGCAAAUGGUAGAUGUCCCACUGAGUAUUUCAGUAAUGUUAAAGCGACCAAUGAUCAAAAUGUAUAUGACAAUCAUAGAGUAAGCCUUGGCAUUUGUGAAGGGAUAAAAGAUAUUGAACCAGGUGUACCAUUGCCUUUGGAGUUUAAUAUUGCUGAACUACAUGGAGUGUCCUUUCAAAAAGGCUGCUACAUUGGACAAGAGUUAACUGCAAGAAGCUAUCAUACUGGGGUGAUACGAAAACGACUUUUGCCUAUCAAAAUACUGCCUACCUCCCGCGAGGAACGACUAGACUUUGACAGGGGUGCAGUUAUUCUGACAAACGAGGGCAAACGUGCUGGCAAAUUAAUCAGUGUUUAUGGAGCUAUUGGUCUUGGUUUAAUCAGGCUUCAAGCUUUAAAGGCUGGCGACAUUUUAUCAAUUGCUGUCUCUGAUGAAAGGGCUGUUAACAUCACGGUAGAUCAACCAGCUUGGUUGAAUUUAUCAUGAUAUUGAGCACAGGGUUAAUCUACUUGUGCAGACUGCAAUUUCCAAGGGAAGUGUUUAAAAAUGGGAAUAAUAUGAGGAGAAAUAUGAAACAUUCAAGGAUAUUAGUAUACUCUAGAUCUAAUUGUUUUACUCAAUCAAGAGUUCAUAAAUCAACUGUUUUCUAUAACAUCUUUUUCCUUCCAGCAUGAUCAAAAUUCUCGCAUCAAACAUUGCAUAUUCUGGUACUGCUUCUAUGGUUUCUACGGUUUCAGGGGCCGGUUGUGUCAAGCCUGUUUAACUUAAACGGUGGAUAAGUCAAAAUGAAA